AUGGCGUCUUCGGACUUAGAGCUAUCAGCCCCUCCCGCUCCGCCGCCCGCCUCCACAGUGCUGCGCAUGACGCUACAACACUUGUUAUCGAUCUCCAACCUGCUUCCUCCACUGCACACACUCGUCUCGCAACCGCGCAACCAGACCAACACAAUGGAGUUCUUCUUCCCCGCCGACGUCUUUGCCGCCUACCCCCGUCAGGCUCGCACCCCACGCCCCGCCUACGAGGCCGGUCCCUCGGCCAACGUUUUCAGCGGAUGUGGCUUUGACAGCCACCCGCUCUUCGCCGACAGCUUUGCCGAUGCAAUACAGCAGGAGCGAGCCGCCUAUGCCCGUGCUCAGGCCCAGCGCGCCCAGCGCGCCGAGGCUGCCCGCCGGGCUAGGGCUGCUGCCGCCGCUGCAGCUCGUAGGGAGGCCGAAGAGCGUCAGGCUCGUGCCUACCUCGAGCACGUGCUAGCCAUGCAGCAGCGCGAGGCUCAGCGCAGGUACCAGCUCGAACAGCUCCAGCGCCAGCGACACGAGGCUCUUCGCCGCCAGCAGUACGACGAGUACCAGCGACGCAAGGCCUACGCCAUCGAGAAGGAACGCCAGCGCAUCGCCGCGGCCCGCGCAGCCCAGGACGAGUCCAAGCACCUCUUCCUCGCCCUCGAGGAUCUGCUCUUUGGCGGCCUCACCAGCUUCUGCAACGCCCUUCAGCAGCAUAAUGACGACGACGAUGAGGAUGUCGAGCUCGCGCACAAGAACGACACCGCCCCCAACGCUUCCCCCGCCACUGCUCCCGCGCAGACCAUCGAUGCCAAGGGUAAGGCCAAGGCUACCGAGCAGGAAGUGGCCGACGCUGCACAGGCUAUGGACGUGGACAAGGACAACACUGCCGACGACACCGCUGCUGCCGCCGCGUCGGCUCUGAUGCAGGAGGAUGCCGAUCCUGAAGAGGUUGGCCCCGCACCUACCACCGCCACUCAUGUUGCCGCUCCCGAACCCGCCACCAAGGCCGAACAGCUUGUCUUCUCGCACGCCUUCCCCUCAACCGGCAACUUUGACAAGGCCAGCGUACGUGCGGACCAGAUCAACGUUUCCGUCGACGAGGCCGCACGCAAGGUCACCGUCUCGGGACUGUGGAACAACGAGCCCGCAGCGUCGGCCUCGCCUGUGCGCGCUGCCAGCCCUGCUCCCAGCGACUCUUCGUCUCGACGUGGCCGCUCGCGCUCGCCCAAGCGCGCACGCGUCUCGGACGUCGACGAGAACGGCGACGAGAUCGUCACGCCCGAGGCCAACGAUGGCGACGACGACUUUGUCGAGGUCAGCUUCACGCGCGCCUCGUCGGCGACCGUCACCAGCGAUGCACCUGCCACGGUGCAGAAGACGUUUGAUCUGCCCCAGGGUGCCAAUGUCGACGACCUGCGCGCCGAGCUUACCGAUGAGGGGCUGAAGCUCUUCACCACCUAUCGCUUCGUCUCGCAUUGUUCCGUUUCGUCUAGCAAUCAGCAAUCAGUAUCCGGUUUCAAAGAUCUUUGGGCGCAUGCCAAAAUUUCACACGCCGCCCUUAUCUCGACGCUCGUAGCGGAGCGCCAUGCAGGCGAUCUGUCUACUGUAGCUUGGCAGUGCCUGGUCGGCGUUUGGUGGCACAGAGAUCUGGCAACAAUGUCGCAGAUGGUCACGCUCGAACAGGCGACGUGGUCGUGGAUCGAGGCGGGGCCUCGCAAACACCGCAUGGACGUUGGCAAGCGCUUCGUAAAGGGCAUUAUGGCCGGCUUUCUGCUGUCGACGGGCGGAAUGUUGGUGCAGAUCAUGUCUGCCAAUCCCUGGUUGGCCACCAACGCACCCGGGCUUCUCAAAAUCCUCCAGGGCGCGGUCUUCCCCGUCGGUCUCGUAAUGAUCGUCCUCCUGCAAGCCGAUCUGGUCACUGGAGAGAUGGCGAUCUUCAUUAUGGCGACUGUCAAACGUCGGGUUCCCUACUGGGCAUUCCUCUACGGCUGGGCCAUCACGUUCAUCGGCAAUCUCGUCGGCUCGUUGCUGUACGCAGGACUGCUCGUGCACUACUCGGAGAUCUACACGCCCGCCAUGAACGCCGGCGCUGCAGCAAGCGCAAACGCAAAAGUGUCCGCCAUCAACUUCCGCGAACUCUGGCUGCGUGCUAUCGGCUGCAACGUCCUCGUCUGCAUCGCCGUCUUCCAGGCAAGCCUCGCCAAGGACGUUGCGUCUAAGGUCGUCGCAAGCUGGUUCCCCAUCUUUGUCUUUGUCGCAGCUGGAUUCGAGCAUGUGGUGGCGAACAUGUUCCUGGUCAACGCGGCGCUCAUGACGAGGAGGACCAACUUUGGCGUGGGAGAGUACGUGUGGAAGAGCGUCAUUGCCAGCUUCUUGGGUAAUGUGGUGGGUGCGGCGCUGCUGGCGUUGCCGCUCGUGUACCUGCAUGGAGGCGACGAAUUCGACCCCAGCGCAACUGCAAGGGGUAGCACGAUCGAAGCAGGGCCAAAGACGGGUAUGACAUCCGAGAUGUCGGUCAACGACAUCACGCUGCCCACCAGCGGCCGUGCAAGCGUAGGGGCGGACGCAGAGUGGGCCAAGGACGUCGAAGCCCAGGUGAGGCAGUAA